AUGGACCUUUCCAGCCCCAGGUGCAGCCUGCGGAGGGGCCUCUUGCUCGUGGCCAGUCUGCUGGCCUGUGGCAUCUGCCAGGCCUCGGGCCAAAUCUUCAUCCCCCACGUCCAAGGGGUCCAGGGAUAUUCGAGUGUCCUGGGCCUAGAGAACGCCCCCGAGGAUGCCCAGGAAUACCGCUGGUACCGGGGCACACAGGACAGCGCAGAAAGCAUGAUUCUCAGCUACAAACCUCCCAGUCCCCUGGAGCCUGGGCCCGUGUACAGCGGCCGGGAGAGAGUGACCAGAACCGGCGACUUGGUGGUCAGGAACUGCAUGCUAAACGACACAGGAAACUACACGGUCCGGGUGGACACAGGCAACGACACCCACACGGCAACUGGCUGGCUCGAGAUCCGAGUGCUAGGGAGCAACCCGGGCAUCUCAGUCAACGCCACCUCCCUGGUGGAGAGCAUGGAUUCCGUGGCCGCCUACUGCCACACCAACGUCACCAGUGUCACCUGGUACUUGAAUGCUGUGCCGACAUCCAGCAGUAACCGGAUAAGCAUUUCCCCUGACGGAAAGACCCUCGUCAUCCUCAGGGUCAGCCGCUAUGACAGGACCCUGCAGUGCGCGGUGGAAAGUUACCCUGAGGUCGUCCAGAAAAGCGAGGAGGUCGCCCUCACUGUGGCCUAUGGGCCCGACAACGUGGUGCUGUGGGGCUUGCCCGACAUCUUCAACGGCAUCCUCACUGCUCAGCUCGGCUCCCAGGUGGAGGUCGAGUGCGUCUCCGCUUCCCGCCCCAGCAGCACGUACCGCUGGGCCCACAACGGCUCCCUCCUGGACCUCUCGGACCCAAAGAUGACCCUCCCGAGUCUGGCCUGGGAGCAGACGGGCCACUACCGAUGCAUCGUGGAGAACCCUGAGGCCCAGCUGAUCUUGUACAGGAACGUCAGGAUCCAGACUCCCGCUGAGAGUGAGUGUGGCCGCCCCCUCCAGCCUCUGCCCUCCAAGUCCUCCUGCCUCCAUGCCCUUGUCUAG